AUGUCUGGAAAGCGCGGUCGAGGUUCUACCUCCGGUAACAAGCUCAAGAUGACUCUUGGUCUGCCAGUCGGCGCCGUCAUGAACUGCUGCGACAACUCCGGUGCCCGCAACCUGUACAUCAUCUCCGUCAAGGGUAUCGGUGCGCGUCUCAACCGCCUGCCCGCUGGUGGUGCCGGUGACAUGGUCAUGGCGACCGUCAAGAAGGGAAAGCCCGAGCUGAGGAAGAAGGUCAUGCCCGCCGUCAUUGUCCGCCAGAGCAAGCCAUGGAGGCGAGCAGACGGUAUUUACCUGUACUUCGAGGACAACGCCGGUGUCAUUGUCAACCCCAAGGGUGAAAUGAAGGGCUCCGCCAUCACUGGACCCGUCGCAAAGGAGGCCGCUGAGCUGUGGCCGCGUAUCGCCUCCAACUCCGGUGUCGUCAUGUGA